AUGGCUGUCCAUUCUUUGACUACGAGAUUAACAAUAUUUGCUGGAAAGACUCAGCCACGUCGAUGUCAGUCGCCAAAGCCCAUAUCGCCAACGUCUAAGUCUUCGUCAUCGCCGACGUCACCUUCGGUCUCUACCCCAGGAACGUUCUCAGAGUCAAAUCCGAACAUUUUCGAAGUUCCAACAAUCAAGUCUACUGUCGAGUCUGGGUUCCUAUACCACCAGCGCUUAUUCGAGAACAAUGUACCCCCCGCUGAAUGGAAACAGUUCAGUGACGAGAUGGUAGAGGCCUUUGCGCUCACCACAUCAGAGAAAAUUGCCGCCUGGACUGUUGGGAUAAGCGUUGGCCUUGUAAGCGCGGUACCUUUGCUGGUAUUUGGUGCUGCUCCAGGCUACUAUGCUGGGAAAGCUGUCAAUGCCAUGUCAAUCGAGACCAAAGUCAAGGACUACCUGCAAGAGGAAGGUGAAUUGGUCACUGUUUUAAAACGCUGGAACAGCACUGCUUUCAAAACUAGAGGAAUCUACGUCAGAUUGGCCCUCCCCAGGAAAAAGACGAAAGAAGGCUCCAAAUUCAGCAGCGGAACUUUUGAUUCCUUCAUGUCUUUUGGUACGAAGAAAAAAGGGAAAGGGAAAGAUCGCUCACAGGAUAGCGAGGGUAGCGGAGAAAUCGACAAGAAGGAAGAGAAGAGACUGCACAAGCGGUAUCGGCUGAUCAUUGAGGUUGUGGGCGUCGAACCGAAGUCAAAGUCCUGGGUAGAACACGACAACAACAUCCCUCUACCCAAGGGUAGAAUGGAAUUGAGCGGCAGUGAUAGCCAUAUGCCCGUCCCUGAGUAUACCCCACGGGGGACGCCUCCGUACAGAAGCGGCAUGCAUCCAGCAGAGCUCGAACCAGCUUCUACUAGCCAGAGAGUAGAACUGGACGGUGAUAGUCACGGGCCUUCUGCAGAGCUUGAAGGAGGUGGUAGGGUGGUCGAACUCCCAGCAGAACCUAGAACGAUAAUUCACGAACUUCCUUGA